AUGGCUACCGCAGUGGCUGCGACUCCGACAGCUGAGAAGCCUGAAGAGAACCCCAGCGAUGGCUCCAAGCUAAAGACGUUCAUCACCAUCUUGAAGAAGUUUAUCGGCGUUGCUGAUCUCGCCAACGUCCGCUUCUCGCUCCCAUCGCAACUCCUUGAGCCUACGCCCAAUCUGGAGUAUUGGAAUUAUCUCGACGCUCCUAACGCCUUUGUUGGAAUCGGAACCUCUGACGAGCCCCUCGAUCGCAUGCUCGAGGUCUUGCGUUUCUGGUUCACAAAAGAUCUCAAAUACGCCAAGGGAAGGCCAUGCAAACCCUACAACUCGUGCCUAGGAGAGUUCUUCAGGUGCAACUGGGAAACGGAGAAUAAUGCGCCGCGCAUCUGCACCAACACCCUCAAGGGCAACGCGAGCGGCGCAUCCAGUGUCAAGUCCGCCAAGUCGAGUUCCGGCUCCGACAAGAAUGCUUCGACAAUCUCCCUUUCCAUAUCCGCCAAGUUCACGGGCACAACGAUCAAGGUGUCCCCCGGCGAGCACAACAUGGGCAUUUUCAUCUCCCUCGACAAGAGGGGCGGAGAAACCUACCAGCUUACGCACCCGGCGGCCCACUUGGGUGGGUUUUUAGGGGCAACGAAGCUCAAGGCUAUCCUGAGUUACGCCGAGGAGGGUUGGCUGGGAAGGACCACCAACAAGGUUCAGGGCAUCAUCUUCACCUAUGACCCGGAGAAUGAUGACAAGACUCGUAUACAAGAUGUUCCCGAACAGGACAUUUUGGCCCGGUUAGGCGGUCCUUGGAAAGAAAAGAUUGUUCUGACUCUCGGCUCGAAGCCUCUGGCCUCCCACCCCGUCGAAGAUCAGUACACCAUCAUCGACAUCGCGCCCCUCUCGGUUGCGCCCAAGGUCGUCCCUCCGCGAGAGAAGCAGCUGCCCCACGAGUCCCUCACGAUGUGGGCGGGCGUCACCGAUGCUAUCAUGGAGAAGCAGUACUCUAAAGCUACCACGGUCAAGAUGGAGCUUGAAGAAUCUCAGCGGGAGAAGGCGCGCCAGAGGGAACGCGAUAAUGUGGUGUGGAAACCUGUCUUCUUUACCCAUGUGACUGGUAAUGGCGGCAGACCCGACCUCACGCCGGAAGGUCAAGAGGUCCUCAAGAGGGCACAGGAGGGAAAUUGGGACAUGGAAGGCAUCUUGUAA